AUGCCAGGAUAGCGCAGCCGGUGCCAUGGUGCGGGCAGCGGCCCCAGCGCUCUGGCUCCUCCUCCUGCGGCUGCUACAGCUUCUCUCGUUCCCCGCCGCCCGCAGCAGCCGGACCGGCGACCCCGGCGACCUCGUGUACAUCUCUGAGUAUUUUUCUCAGAGUGCCCAGAAGCUGUCCUUCUACAGCUGGUAUGGGAACGCCAAACUCUUCCGCUUCCAGGUGCCGGAGGACACAGUACUGCUGCGGUUGCUCCUGCAGGCGUCCAAGGGAAAAGGACCUGAGUGCACCAGUACGGAGAUCACCAUCCACUUCCGUUACGGAGCCCCUCCCGUUAUUAACCCACUGGGCACUCGGUUUCCCUCAAAUGCAACUGUCCGCCCGUCCUACAACCUAACCAUGACUCUGAGCAGCACUCUGCAGAACAGUAUCUUUGUGAACAUCACCACCCCAGCUGCCGGAGACUGGUUCAUCGCUGCACACCUGCCUCAGGCUGCAGGCAAGAUCGAAGUGAAGGGUUUCUCCACUCCAUGCGCCUAUAUAUUCCAGCCGGACAUGUUUGUGCUGAGACUUGUUGAUGUCCCUGUCCUGCAGCCGGACACUCCCCUGCAGCAAACCAUUGCCUCUCCUGCUAGGCCACUGCAUGUCAAGAUCUUCAUCCCUGAGUACACUGCCACGAUGCAGUUCACACUGCGGAGCUGUGUGGUGAACAGCACAAAGGCGUGUGCCAUCCGGGUCAUGCUGGGCUCCAUCAUGCUGCCGCAGUCUUUCCAGAAAACCCUCAGCUGCAAGGGGACAGCGGAUUGCAGCCUGGUCCUCCAUUCGCCCCCAUGGGAGAAGUGGCUGCAGAUCAUGGCAGAGAAUCUGGGCACCGCCAAUGCCAGCGUCUCCUUUGAGAUGAUUGCCUUCUUCACAGCUUGCAAGCCGGGGAGCACCAAUUCUUUCCUUAACUUCUACAACAGCCUGAAUCAGAGCCAGAGCACUCCAGCCCUGGGCAGGGGUCGCAAUGCCAGCACCCUGGGAAUGUUGGGGAACACCACUCUACCCGCAGUGGGUGCUGCAAACAAUGCAUCCGACCCAGGGACCUUCUGCCUCCAGAAUCAGCCCGUCAUCCGUGAGGACCUGGACGUUGCCUCUGUGAGGUUCAGAGUUAUAAAUGGGCCCAGCAUUCCUGUCCACUCUGAAUUCCCCACGCUUCUCCUCUUCAACUUGAAUACUGGCAUGGACAGUGGAGGCACCCUGGUGGUGAACCUGCUGCUGAACGAGACUUCCCUGAGCAUAGGCAAUGCUAGCGUGUUCGCGUGCAUGAGUGCUGCCUCUCCAGUGCUGACCCUCAAUACCACACAGAACUGCAGCACAGCUUUUUUCCAGGGCUACCCUCUGAACGUGACUGGGUCCUCCACAGAAGCAACGCUGAUUAUUCCCUACCCAGAGACUGACAACUGGUUCCUUUCCCUGCAGCUCAUCUGCCCACGGGGCCAGGGAGAAUGUAACAAAGCGAAAGCCAAAGUGACCGUCUCCACAUACCUCAGCCCCUGCUUUGACGACUGUGGGACAUAUGGACAGUGCAGUCUUCUGAGAAGACAUGGCUACCUCUAUGCCGGCUGCAGCUGUAAAGCUGGUUGGGGCGGAUGGAGCUGCACUGAUAACACUAAAGCCCAGUCUGUCGGCUCACAGAAUCUGGCCACCCUUCUUCUCACGCUCAGUAACCUCAUGUUCCUGCCAGCCAUUGCAGUUGCUCUGUAUCGCUACUACCUGGUGGAGGCCUCUGUUUACACGUACACCAUGUUCUUCUCCACGUUCUACCAUGCGUGUGACCAGCCAGGAGUUGCUGUGAUGUGCAUCAUGGAUUACGACACUCUGCAGUACUGCGACUUCCUGGGCUCCGUAGUCGCCAUUUGGGUGACGAUCCUGUGCAUGGCCCGAGUGAAGAAAAUCUUAAAAUAUGUUCUCUUUGUGCUGGGGACCCUGUUAAUUGCCAUGUCCCUGCAGCUGGACCGCAGAGGGAUUUGGAACAUGAUGGGCCCCUGUCUUUUUGCUCUCAUCAUCAUGAUCAUGGCAUGGGUUUACCACGGAGUGAAGCGCCGCCAUUGCUACCCCACCUCAUGGAAGCGCUGGGUUUUCUACCUCAUUCCAGGGAUCAUCUUGGCUUUCGUCGCCAUCUCGGUGUAUGCAUUCAUGGAAACCAAUGACAACUACUACUACACGCACAGCAUCUGGCACAUCCUGGUGGCCAGCAGCGUGGCUUUCCUACUCCCGCCUCGUGACAAGCAUAAGAAUCCCUGGGCCUGGUCACAGAAGCUCAUCUGUCGCUAUCAGAUAUGCAAAAAUGACCGCGAGGAGCUCUAUGCGGUGACCUGA